UAAUUCAAUCCUAAAUUGUUGUUAAACACCUACAGUAUGUUGCCCAUGCUAUGUAUGCUGAUAUUCAAGUAUAUUUUAUUUGUAAUUGAACUUACAUAUAUACUCUUUUUCCUCAGGUUUAUUUACAUUACUUGUAGAAGAAUUUGGUGUUAAAGGUGUACAGGUGGAAGAAAUUUACGACCUUCAGAAGUCAAUUGAGGGACCUGUGUAUGGCUUUAUUUUCCUUUUUAAAUGGAUUGAAGAAAGACGAGCCCGACGAAAAAUCCAGCCAUCCUCAAGUGAGGUUCCUGUUGAAGAUGAUGGAAUCGUUAACAACAUGUUCUUUGCUCAACAGAUUGUUCCCAACUCCUGCGCUACUCAUGCUCUUUUGAGUGUGUUAUUAAAUUGCCCUAUCUUGUCAUUGGGACAAAUGCUCACACAGUUGAAAGAAUAUACCCGGAAUUUUAGCCCUGAGAACAAAGGAUAUGCAAUAGGUAAUAUGCCUGAUCUUGCCAAGAUCCACAACAGGCAUGCAAACCCAGAGCCACGUCACUUACCAGAGAAACAAACGGGGAUGUCAGCAGUACGCACAAAAGAGACGUUUCACUUUGUAAGCUAUCUGCCGAUUGGUGACCGUUUGUACGAGCUCGACGGUCUUAAGCCAUAUCCAAUUGAUCAUGGAGCAAUUACUGAUGGGGAAGAUUGGACAGAAAAAUUUAGGAAAGUCAUUGCAGAAAGACUAGAUAGUGGAGGUUGUGACAUCCGAUUUAACCUGAUGGCAGUGGUAGGAGACAGACGGCAAGCUUAUGAACAGAAGCUCAUCACCCUGGGAACCAACAGACAGAUAAUUCUAGAGGCUUUGCAGCAGUUAGUAAGGGCUACCCAGCCUCAUUUAACAUCUCAAAGAAGCCCGGGAAGAGGUCAUAAUUCCAGAGGUACAAGUGCAAAGCAAACAAAAGUGGAACAGCCUGUAGAACAGGCUUAUAAAACUGAAGGUCAAUUGAAAAUAGGGGUUUGUCAUGAAAAAAGCCCCUCAACUCCAAAAAAGAAGAAAAAAAGGAAAUUGGAAAAAGAGAAACCAGUCGUGCUACCAGUGAUCUACAAAUUGCCAGCAGCUUUAGAUUCUCAUAACUAUGCAAAAUCACCAAUGUCAGAGACCAACCAAACAGAUUCCGAUGAAAUAGAAUGUCUUGGAGAGGAUACAGAUUCAGACAACAGUGACAUAGACAGUACCCAACAGGUUGCCUCUGCUCCAAUGAUUGUUUUAGAACACAGUCAACAAAAAACAGAUUCAGUGGAUCAUCUAUUAACUGUUGCAUCACCUGAUAAGUCAGUUAAAAUGGACAAUGAGCGGAAAAUACCCUCUGUAACAUUCAAAAUUGAUCAAGAUGCUAAACGUGAAACAGAUGAACAUAGUAAUUUAUUAAGGCCUUUGUCUGUGCAGACCUCAUUUCCUCUGAACGUUCCAUCACCGUCCUCAAGUAAUUAUAGCACCGACACAGCAUCAGAGGUCGGAAGUGCAUUUAAUUCUCCGCUGCGUUCGACAAACCACUCAAGAUCCUGUAGUCCUGAUUCACUGAAAGUGAUCAAAUUCCAGCAGUGGAAGGCAGGAGUUAACCAGGAUGGAUAUCAACCGUCAACAUCAUCGUCCAAACUGUUUGGAUCCAGCUUAACAAAAGAUGGAGAGGAUCCGCGGAAAAUAGAUGAACUGAAGCGACUUGCUGCGGCGCUCGAUGACACACACUUCACCGAUAAAAGAUCUGUACUUCAGUUGCACUCUGAAGCGGUUACAAAGGCAAAACUCCUUGAUGCAAGGACAGGAAAUAAUGAAUGUGAGUCUGGAAAGAAGCCUAUACCAUCACCAAGUUCACCAGCAAGCUAUCCAUUUUCUCCAAAAGAUUUAUUAGCUCUUUUGAAAAAUGUAGAAGCAGAGAUUACAACAACAGAACAAAAUCUAAAAGAUGAAUUGGAAAAACGAAAGAAAUACAAGAUUGAUGAUGCCCGAAGAGUACACAACUACGAUCCAUUUAUUUGCACAUUCUUAUCCAUGUUAGCAGAGCAGAAUAAGUUGCAAAGCCUUGUUGAACAGCACACCUUAGUCAAGAAAAGACAAGGAUGCAGCCUAGGAAGACUACACAAGAGGAAGGCUGACAGAAGGCGGAGAUCACAAAGCAGGAGCAAACCAAAGAAAAAGAGAUGAUGCUAUGGAGUAGGAUGAUGCAGCAGUGAGAUGAUAGGAGGAUAGUAUUAAGGAUACGAUGAUAAUGGUGCUUAGGGUGGUGGAGCCAGGAAUUUCCUGACGAGGGGUCCAAGCUUUCUGACAAGGGGGUCCAAGCUCCCGACAA